GUGGCGUAGGCCGCAAACACUCUUAGAGAGUUACUGCCCCCCGUUGGAAGCCACAUUGGGAUGAGCUCUGCUGGAGACGAAGAGCGCACUGCUGCGAGCGGAGAAGAAAUUCGCCCGCCGGUGCAGGAGGGCAGCGAUGCGGAGCUUACGAGUUUGCAACUGCAGGUUUCGCGAUUGGCGGCCCUGGUGGAGGAAUCGGUGAAGAAGAAGGAGCCUGGCAGCGUCGUGGCGGAUGCAGCCAGUAGGGGCGGCUGGGUUGCUGCCCAUGAAGGCCAACAAGAGCCCCUUCAGCCGCACGGCGGAGGCGGGGGAUUUCUCCAGCAGCAAGCGAUUGAUGGUGGGCAAGGACCACGGCGGCUGCUGGAAGGCGGCUGGGCCAGCAGAUCGGGAGAGAACCCUGUGGGACCAGCCGGAGUGGGCCUGGGCAUAGGACCGGACUACGGGGAAGCGAGGGGGUUAAACCCCCCAGGUGAGAUACCCGUGAUUCGAGGAAAUGGAGAAUACCUCGACGGCGACAGCAGUAGCCACCAGAAAAGAGUGACGGUCAAUGCCCCGCUUCUAGACGGAAAAAGCCGUAGCCACGGAUUUGAUUCAUGGCGAAAAUCGUUCAUCCAAGUUGCGUAAUACCAUCGACUUGGACGGGUAAUUUAUAGGAGAUGCAGAGAGCAAUAUCCCCGUGGGCGACCCAAACUUGCCGACUUCCGAACUGCUCCGUAGGGGGCACACGAGAGCAGAAGUCCAACGAGGGCUUCAGGCGUUACAUUUUAUCACUACUGCUGUGG